AUGCGUUAUUCCGAAGCCUGGAGACCUCUGAACGUGGCUAUCGUGGGUGGUGGCAUCGGUGGCAUGUCCACUGCGAUUGCCAUGCGCCGCGCUGGUCACCAGGUCACCAUCUAUGAGAAGAAUGAUUUUGCUGGUGAGGUGGGAGCCUCAGUCUCAUGUGCUGCUAAUGGAACCCGCUGGCUUCAUGAGUGGGAUGUUGAUAUCUCUAAGGGUGACCCUGUUGUCCUGAAGAAGCUUAUCAACCGUGACUGGAAGACCGGAGAGCCGGUUAGUGUGUAUGACCUCGCUGAUUAUGAGGAGCGCUGGGGCUACGUGUACAACAUGUUCCACCGUCAGCAGAUGCACUUCAUGCUCAAGGAAUCCGCCCUGGCGGAGGAAGGCAAAGGCGUUCCUGCUGUGCUGAAGGUCAACCACCGAUGCUCCGGCAUUGAUCUGGAAACAAAUGUCAUUACCUUCGAGAACGGAUACUCUGCCAAGCAUGAUCUGAUCAUCGGUGCCGACGGAAUCGGAUCGGUGGUUCGCGGUAUCCUGGGCAUUACCCCCGAGAGACGCCCUUCCGAUCAGAGCUGCUUGCACGCUAAUGUCGAUGCGGAUGAAGCCGCCAAGCUCGGUCUUGCCAACUACUCAGAUGACAGUGCACUUGAGUACUGGGGCGGCCAAGAGGGCAAAUGGGAUAAGAUUGUGCUCUCGCCUUGCAACGGCGGAAAGCUCCUUUCAUACUAUUGUUUCUACCCUCGCGAUCAAGGCGACAACUCAAGCCAGACUUGGGGUGCUGAGGGCCGACCUGUUGAGGAUCUCUUGAAGCCCUAUCCUGCUCUCGACCGCCAGGUUUUCAACCACCUCGCCAUCGGCAAGGAAAUUCAGCCCUGGCGCCUCUGGGUUCAUGACCCUUACCCUUACCUCGCCAAGAAAAGGGUCUGUCUGCUGGGAGAUGCCGGCCACCCUAUGAUGCCCCACCAAAGCCAGGGUGCUUGCAUGGCCAUCGAGGACGCGGCGGCUCUUGGAAUCCUCUUCAGCAAGAAUACCUUCAAUGGAAAUAUCGAGCAAACUCUUGAGGCGUAUGAGCUCGUUCGCCUUCCUCGCGUUACUCGAGUCCAGGCAGCUGCGGCGAAAGCAGCUUACAAUAUCAACGAGCGUAUCGGCUUCUCCGUCAACAAAGAUAUUGCUACUUACAAGGUCGAGGACCCAAAGAAGGUCCUUACCAUCGAGGAGAUGAACGCAUAUGACAUGUACAGCGAUAUUAACGAGAAGCUCGCCCAGCUCGCCGGUAUCGAGUACACAGACAACUACGUCUCCGGACUGCCAGUCGGUCUGGAAUUACCUACUGGUGUGACCAUCGGAGCAAAACUUUGA